AUGAAGGUAAUAGAUAGUCAUAAAUCUAUUAAAUGCCCUUUUAGAACAUGGGAACUGGCAGAGUACCCGUUUUUACCUACGAAUACUCGGCAUUCAUGGUCUGUACGAACAUGUAAUAAUUUAGAGAAACCUAGAUAUGUUAUUAUAGGAUUUCAAACAGACCGUAAAAAUACAGGAUCAAAGUCUAUGGCUGUUUUUGAUCAUUGCAAUUUGACAAAUCUUAAAGUAUAUCUAAACACGCAAGUUUAUCCAUAUGAAGAUUUUAGAGCUGACUACCCGAAUAACCUUUAUUCUUUAUUUUACAACUCAUACAUAAAAUUUCAACGAACAUAUUACGAUAGAGAUUGGGCUUCACCAUUACUUAACCAUUCAAAAUUCAAAGAUAUAAUGCCUGUUGCUGUUAUUGAUAUGAGUCGACAGGAUGAUGAUAUAAAAAUUAACUCUGGUUUGGAUUUAAGAUUAGAAUUUGAAUUUUCCAAUGCGGUUCCAGAGAAGACUACCGCUUAUUGUUUAGUAAUUCAUGAUCAAAUAAUCACAUAUAACCCGUUUUCGGGUGAUGUUAGAAAAUUAUAA